AUGAGUGCCAGAGAACUUUGUUCCCUACAAGCUGGGGUAACUUCCCCUCCCAAACGAGGCUGGAAACGUGGCCAGUCUAUUUCUGAAGCAACAAGUAGCAAGCACUCCAAGGCCACAGCUAAAAGUGACAAUGAGGAGAGCAGUGAGGGAGAACCAGCAGCUGGGGAGAGCACCACAAGGAAGGGAAAGGCUGGUGGUAAGAAGGGGAAAGGAGCAAGAAUGACAGGUGCCCAGUGA